AUAGCUGAUACGCCACCUACUGCAAAGCCGAGCUGCCAGCGCAGACGGUGCUGCCAGCAUUCCCAUUCCAGCACCAGGCUGGGGCUGAGUCAAGGCGUGUUCCUGUGCGCCCGUUUCUUUUUGGAAAAUCUCAAAGCCAAGGAACAGAAGCUGCAGCAGCAUUUUCAAAAAUGGAGCGUAAAUUGAACAGAAGAGAGAAAGAGAAGGAGUACGAAGGGAAACACAACAGCCUGGAAGAUGCUGAGCAAGGGAAGAACUGCAAGUCCACACUGAUGACCCUCAAUGUUGGUGGCUAUUUAUACAUUACGCAAAAACAGACCCUGACCAAGUAUCCGGACACUUUCCUUGAAGGUAUAGUAAAUGGGAAAAUCCUCUGUCCGUCUGACGCCGACGGUCAUUAUUUCAUAGACAGGGAUGGGCUCCUUUUCAGGCACGUCCUAAACUUCCUACGAAAUGGAGAACUUCUGCUGCCUGAAGGGUUUCGAGAAAAUCAACUUCUUGCACAAGAAGCAGAAUUCUUUCAGCUCAAGGGACUGGCAGAAGAAGUAAAAUCCAGGUGGGAAAAAGAACAGCUGACUCCUAGAGAGACCACUUUCUUGGAGAUAACCGAUAACCAUGACCGCUCGCAAGGACUGAGGAUCUUCUGUAACGCUCCUGACUUCAUCUCAAAGAUAAAGUCUCGUAUUGUCCUGGUGUCCAAAAGCAGGCUGGAUGGGUUUCCAGAGGAGUUUUCGAUAUCUUCAAAUAUCAUUCAAUUUAAGUACUUCAUAAAGUCUGAGAAUGGCACCAGACUUGUUCUAAAGGAAGACAACACCUUUGUUUGUACCUUGGAAACUCUGAAGUUUGAAGCUAUAAUGAUGGCCUUAAAGUGUGGGUUUAGACUGCUGACCAGCCUGGAUUGCUCCAAAGGGUCAAUUGUUCACAGCGAUGCACUUCAUUUUAUCAAGUAAUUACCUGUGUCAUGAACAAAGGCAACAAGCAUGCAGCCAGCAAGCUUCGAAAACGACAGCAUCAAAGGCAUCCCAAAUAAUGUGCCCAGCUCGCUCAUACUCAGAGCCCUGCUGCUAAUCAAUGACUGUGAGCUAAUGGUAUGUAAAUUCUAUUGCUAAAGAUGUCCUUCUGUGGGGUGUUCCUGCUGCACAGACUCAUAUACUGAAAUGAAAACAGUGGUCUUCUAUAUACUGCAAAUAAAGACUGAAUGCUUUGCUAUUUGCUUAUUUUUCCUUAAGCUGUUCUUUUAAUCAGAAUGUCUUGGGCACUUACACAAUGAACAAGCAUGUACGUUAUAUAUUGUUCAUUUAAGUAAAUGGUAAUAAAAUA